GUUUUCACUCCUCUAAAUUCUAAGAUCUUCUUACUCCUAAAGCUUCGGUUUCGUGGAGUGCUUGUCAUCUCUCUUCUAUCACGCUGUCAGCUCAGCUCGUGCAGUGUAGUAGAACUACUCAACAUUCCUAACCAUUGGGGAAGCCAGCACCAUCGUGUAAUCGGGCCUGCCAGGAGUGAGGCUGGUCCUUCACCUCCUAUUACCAGGCUCCCAAGGAAGGGGGAGCCAGCAGACACACCCAACAGCUCCCACCACCCCAAAGCUCUUUAAAGACCAGCAUAUACAGUGAUUGCUGCUGAAAUGCAGCCGCCUCUGGGGAGAGCCGCUUUGAACAGUGCUGCAGAACAGCACAGUGCAGGGAGCAAAGCAGAAUCCCAAGCUUAACAAGGAUCUGUGGGCAGCAUUUCACGAGGCAGGCUGGAGGAAGUACUGCCCCAUCAGCAAGCUAUUGGCUGGGCCCCACACUGUAUUCCCAGGAAGCUCCCUGGGCGUAUGCAGCCCAUCACAGAGCCAGGACAAUGAGGAGCCAAGGAAGCAGGAGAACUUGGGACCAAAUUUCAGGGAGAAGUCGGGACCUGGAGCCAGUGGACUGCACCAGCUGCUGACACCCCACCGCAGCCAUGAGCCUGGAGCCCCCCAAGCUGGAGAUCAAGUCAGCCACCAGGGUGACUGGAGGGCCAGCCACCCCCAGGAAAGGGCCCCCCAAAUUCAAGCAGAGGCAAACCAGACAGUUCAAGAGCAAGCCACCCAAGAAGGGGACCCAAGGGUUCGGUGAUGACAUCCCUGGCAUGGAGGGGCUGGGAACAGACAUCACCGUGAUUUGCCCCUGGGAAGCUUUCAGUCACCUGGAACUCCAUGAGCUGGCGCAGUACGGCAUCAUCUAGCCGGCCCUGAGCAUGUCUCAUGGCAGCCCGGCCGCCCACAGAGUGUCACUAUUUAUACAGAGGCGGCUGCAGCCGCUUUCGCUGCUAGUGACCAGACCAGCCUCAACAAGCUCUUUCAAAUAAACACGCUCAGUC